CGCCCUAUGUGAGGGAAUCGGGGAGGCCCGCGGCGCGCCGGGGAGGGCGAGGCAUGUGCACGGGCCGGAGGGUGCUGCGGCCGCCCGAGGAAGAGGAGGACGGCGGCGGCGGCGAGGAGAGCGGGGGGCUCGCGGCGGCGGGCCCGGGCCGAGGGGAUGCAGCGGACUGUGUGUGUGUCUGACUGUAGCUGACGCGAGGCGGCGAGGAGGCGCCGGAGAUCCGCCAAAGGGGCGACCAGGGGGCGGCCGCGGUGGCGGCCGCGAGAAGUAGCAGCAGGACGGGCGGCGGCGGCGGCGGAGACGGCAGCCUUGAGAUGCAUUUUCUUCUCCAGCGGCCAUGUUAACCAGGAAACCUUCGGCCGCCGCUCCCGCCGCCUACCCGACCGGCCGAGGAGGGGACAGCGCCGUUCGCCAGCUUCAGGCUUCCCCGGGGCUCGGUGCGGGGGCCCCCCGGAGCGGAGUGGGGACCGGCCCGCCCUCCCCCAUCGCCCUGCCGCCACUCCGAGCCAGCAACGCUGCCACCGCAGCCCACACGAUCGGCAGUGGUAAGCACACGAUGAAUGACCACCUACACGUCGGCAGCCACGGACAGAUCCAGGUUCAGCAGCUGUUUGAGGACAACAGUAACAAGCGGACCGUGCUGACGACACAGCCGAAUGGGCUGACCACGGUGGGCAAAACGGGGCUACCAGUGGUGCCGGAGCGGCAGCUGGACAGCAUCCACCGCCGGCAGGGGAGUUCCACCUCUCUGAAGUCUCUGGAAGGCAUGGGGAAGGUGAAGGCCAGCCCCAUGACGCCCGAGCAAGCGAUGAAGCAAUACAUGCAAAAACUAACCAGCUUUGAACACCAUGAGAUUUUCAGCUACCCCGAAAUAUACUUCUUGGGUCCAAAUGCAAAGAAGCGCCAGGGCAUGACAGGCGGGCCCAACAACGGUGGCUAUGACGACGACCAGGGAUCCUACGUGCAGGUGCCCCACGACCACGUGGCUUACAGGUACGAGGUCCUCAAGGUCAUUGGGAAGGGGAGCUUUGGGCAGGUGGUCAAGGCCUACGACCACAAAGUCCACCAGCACGUGGCCCUGAAGAUGGUGCGGAACGAGAAGCGCUUCCACCGGCAGGCGGCCGAGGAGAUCCGCAUCCUGGAGCACCUGCGUAAGCAGGACAAGGACAACACCAUGAACGUCAUCCACAUGCUGGAGAACUUCACCUUCCGCAACCACAUCUGCAUGACCUUCGAGCUGCUCAGCAUGAACCUCUAUGAGCUCAUCAAGAAGAACAAGUUCCAAGGCUUUAGUCUGCCUCUGGUCCGCAAGUUCGCCCACUCCAUCCUGCAGUGCCUGGAUGCUCUGCACAAAAACAGGAUAAUUCACUGUGACUUGAAGCCCGAGAACAUUUUAUUGAAGCAGCAGGGCAGAAGCGGGAUUAAAGUGAUUGAUUUUGGCUCCAGCUGUUACGAGCACCAGCGGGUCUACACAUACAUCCAGUCCCGUUUCUACCGGGCCCCGGAAGUGAUCCUUGGCGCGAGGUACGGGAUGCCCAUCGACAUGUGGAGCCUGGGCUGCAUCCUCGCAGAGCUCCUGACCGGUUACCCCCUCUUGCCUGGGGAGGAUGAAGGGGACCAGCUGGCCUGUAUGAUUGAACUGCUGGGCAUGCCCUCCCAGAAACUGCUGGAUGCAUCCAAACGAGCCAAAAAUUUUGUGAGCUCCAAGGGUUAUCCUCGUUAUUGCACUGUCACGACUCUCUCAGACGGCUCCGUGGUUCUCAACGGUGGCCGUUCCCGGAGGGGGAAACUGAGGGGCCCACCGGAGAGCAGAGAGUGGGGGAAUGCACUGAAGGGGUGUGACGACCCCCUCUUCCUUGACUUCUUAAAACAGUGUUUAGAAUGGGAUCCUGCAGUUCGCAUGACCCCUGGCCAGGCUUUGCGGCACCCCUGGCUGAGGAGGCGGCUGCCAAAGCCUCCGACGGGGGAGAAGACGUCUGUGAAGAGGAUCACUGAGAGCACUGGUGCUAUCACAUCCAUUUCCAAGUUACCUCCACCUUCCAGCUCAGCUUCCAAACUGAGGACUAAUCUGGCACAGAUGACAGAUGCCAAUGGGAAUAUUCAGCAGAGGACAGUAUUGCCAAAACUGGUUAGCUGAGCUGAGCCCCCCGAUGCUGGUAAUUCUGAAAGAUAACGACAUUGCUGAGCCUUAUUGGGUUGAAAAAGAGUAGCUCAGACUUGUUUUUAUUUGCUCAAUAACUCGACUCAUUUGUAUCUUUUCGGCACUUGUUUUAAUGUAAGAAAGUUGUUUUGUUUUAUAAAAUACAUGGGGACAAUGCUUUAAGUUUUUAUACUUUCUGAAACUGUUUUUGUGUUCUAAAAGUACGAUGCGCCUUACUGUAACUAGUGUGGCAGAGUAAUAAACAUCAGUGGCAGGCCAUUGAUCACGUCGUGACUGCCGCGCAUCUACAGAUCGGUGUCAGAGACAUUCACUAUGUCUUCAUGGUUCAUAGUGUAUUCUCCCCCAGGUGAUUGCCUCUGAAGGGCCCCCGCACCCCCAUGCCCUUCUCUCUCCACACUCCAGGUUCAUGCACAGGUGCAGCAUGUCCUGCUUCGUUUUCCGUAAGUUACCUGGCUGGUAGUGACGGUGGGAGGAGGAUGAUCAGGACGAAAAUGGUAUUGUAAGAAAAACUCCACCUUAGAGGUUUUUUUUUUCCCUGAAAUAGUGCUCAGAGACAAAAUCCCCACAGUUGAAAUGCCCAGUUAGCAUUUUGACAUUCUAAAGGCCAGCCAAGCAGACCUGGUGGAUGAAUGGAAAUGCGUGUGCCCCUCCAAAUUCUCCAGUGUGAUCAGCGAGCUGUUUUGCGAAGAAGUCUGGUUUAACAGAAUUUGGUUUUGCGCCUAAAGUUAGAAAUGUAUUCCAUGAACUAACUGUUCUUCCCUUCUCUUUGCUUUUCUCCCCACUGUUCCUCUUUCACCACAUAUCUGUUGCUUGCAUCUAAUUUCUUUUUCUUCCUUCAAAUACAUAUCCCAGACUGUUAAUACAGAAAAGAGACAUUUUUAGCUGUGAUUAUGACCAUCUUUUUCAUGUUCCAAUUUAAAAAAGAACAGCCUAACUACUUAAGGUGGGGAUUUCCAUAGUUCCAAAGACGGUUUAGCAGAUUUGAGUGAGUUCACACUUCAGGUGCCACAGUAAGGUUCUUUUAGCCUGGGAAAGCAUCACCUCUUUAAAAAGAAAGAGGGUUGAAAAUCCUCUUCAUGAACAGACAUCAAUUGUCCUUGUCCAGCAAGGCCAAUUUUAACAAAUUCUAAGGAGGAAAAGUUCAGCCUCAAGUUAAAUGGUUUGACUUACUCUAUGCAUCAUUAGAAGAACCACAGACAUUGCAUUCCUCUGUUUUAUUUUACUUUGGUUUGGAUUGCACUUGAUUGUUUUUGUAGGAAUGACACUUUACCUGGAAAAGUAACUCUUGAGAGUUAGGUAAAAGAAUAUUUUCUCCUCUGAAUAAGAAUUAUUUUCACAGUGAAAAUUUCAGUAUUUUAUCACUAAUGUAUGAGCAGUGAUACAUAGCGGUUUCAAGGCACGUGGAAAAAAAUUUAGUUAUGUGCAAUUUAAUAUAGAAAGAUUUCUGCCUGUUUGGACAAUAGGUUUGGGUAGUAUAAAAUAGGAUAAAUACUCUUUUAUAUGCACAGAUAUUAUUGUAUGGAUUGCCUGUAAAUUGAUUUACAAGUACUUAAAGCAUGGUCCCCAGUGAGGCCAAGAAAGUUUCCGGUUAAGUUCUUUUAAUAUUAAUCCUACAGUUUCUCUUGCUUUAAAAAAGAGAGUGCUUUUGAACAAAACACUUUACUUAUCUUGAGACUUUGUCAGUUGAUGGUGGAGAAAAAUGCUCAGGAAAUAUUACAGAUAUUUGCCAAAAAAUCAGUAAUAAGAUUAGCUUAUUAAUAAGGUAGUAGUGUUGAUAUUUGCUUUACUAUUUAAGGUUGUCACUGAUUAAUUUAUACUUCUGUAUUUAGAAAUUAUAGCUUCUUUCCCCUAGUCAAAUUCUUUAGCCUGUUGUACACAUUUCUGUGUAAUCUGUGGAAGUGCAAUAAUGUUAGUAAGUUGCAUUUUAAAUGAUGCUCAUGUGAUCAGUCAGUGGCUUAUAGAAUUUAAAGAUUGUGUAUUAUUAAAAUUUUGGCUUAAAGGCAUAAGAAGUGUAAGACUUGUGGUGGCUUUUUAAAACCAUAAGCCUCUUAAUGAUGGUUAGCGUCUUUAGGUCAUUAAAACAAACAGAAGCAUAAAGGCUAUUUCCCCCUUGCAAUGCUCCUCUUCUGCUGUAGCCACUCCCAAGAUUUUCACUGAAAUAAAUGAACCUGAGCCUGCCAUUAAUAUGAAUUUCCCUAUAGAAUGAUUAUCCAUGUUAAAGUUUAUAAACAGACUAAUACUCCUCCCCCACCACACAGAACUAGUUCUUAAGAUGCCAACAGUGCAUUUGUGACUGCCUUUAUUCACAAAUGUAACCGGAAACUUUUCAGCCAAACUAAAACUGCAGCACUAUGGGGCUCCCCCCAUACCGCACCUCCUAAAUACAGUGAAAUUUUCCUUAUUCACAGAGAGCCACCACGUUCAGUGUUUAGUGAUAGAGCUGCUUUUUAAGUCUAGCUUAGUUACAAUGUCAGAAAAGAAAAAGACAAAUGUUGCAUCGUUGAGAUUUUAAAACAUAAACCAAUGAAGGGCUCUGAUAGGCUACUAGGAGUUGGCUUGGAAACAGUCCUUGGUCUCACAGGUUGCCAUUGUCUAGGGAUGUCUGAGCUGUUUUCAGAUUGAGGAAGAGCACAGCGUGGUUUGGUCUUCGGUUGUGGUCUCAUCUGGCUCCGUUUCUUGCACCCCCAGAGCGUGCAUUACCACUUAACGUGUACUGCUACAACAGUGAUGCAAGACAGUGUAGGUUAACAGUAGCGGAGAACUUGUGCCCUUAGUGAUAACAAUGUGCCUUUUGUUCUGAAUGCCAUGUUGUAGGGCAUGCAUUUUUUGGCCUCUUUAACUCUUUGAAUACUAGGCAGUAAGAAUGGAACCCACCUCUGCAAAGAGACAUCUGUCUUAAACAUCCAGAUACUUGCUAGCCUUAAUAGAAACCAUAAGGCGUAAAUCAUCGUCAGGCACCAAAAAAGGUCGCCACUGGUUAGUUAGACAUGGAAUUCCUAUGUUUAAGGGGUUAAAGAUGGUCUUUGUUGUAUCUUAACAUCAGACUGAUUUUUUAAAUGAUAUUUUUUUUUUGUUAUGCUAACACUAGACAAAAAUUGACUGUAUUUGUAAAAAUUUACCUCAAACCAUUUAAUUUUAUAGUGUGAUUAAUCCCAGGGCAUUUGGUAUGAACCAAAGUGCAUUCCUUUUAUAUAUGCCUGGCUCUAGUAAGGAUGGCCAGGGAUUUUUACAAUUUGGGUGCAAGGCACUUAAGCCACUUUUAAACUUACUAGGUGGUUUGGAGUCAUGUGGAAGGACUCCAUCAGAAUGAUAGGAAACACUUUAGGCAUCAGUAGCAUUGGGCCAUAUUGGAAUCUUCAAAGUGUGAAUUAUUUUCAAGAGAGCAUUCAUUUUUGUAAUUUAUCUCAUCAAGAAUAUUCUGGUAAGCAGAAGACUUAAAACUGAUUUGGUUGGUAAAGGUUUUAAUAUUGCCCAACAUAAUGCUGUGGUAGCAUUAAAAAAAAAAAGUAUUUGUGAACUCUGUUUCUUAGGGGCUUGUACAUCUCUGCUAUGGACAUAGAUAAAAUUAAUUGUAAUUAUACUCAGCUCAACUGCUACAGUUAUGUCUAGGCAGUGGCUUGGGUUUCUUUCGAGCAACAACUUAGACACGUGACUGUAAUAUGCUGCAACUGUGUGUACUGAAAAUAUGUGAAAAUGGUUGAAUGUGGACUGUGUAUAUAUGUAUGUAAAAAUUUCUGUGAGAAGCUGCUGUCGCCACUUAACAUGAAAUAUGUUCUAGUGGAUUUUAAUCCUAGUGGCCAGUUCUAUGAUACUGUAUGUAUUGUAUAGCUGAUGACAGGAGUAAGACUGUUCAGUGAAUAUUUGUUAAAUUUUAUUGUCGUGGCCAGAGAUAAUUUCAGAAUAAAAUUUUAAUGUCCUACCUUA